GUUCAUCGUACUGUUCUGUUUCAUUGUCCAACUCCCGCCUCCUUCUCUUAGCCUCAGUCCACACAAUGGCGAAGCGGUGGGCAGAUCAACCAUUUGCCCUAAUCAAGGAGACGGGGAUUUUAUCCCGAAAGGACAUUCCUCCUGACCACCCAGCUGUUGCCAUGGCGCAACAGAUGGCCCUCUCACACAAUGUGAUUCUCCGCGGCAUGAACGCUUCCUUCAACCAGUGUCUCGGUGUGCAGCCUGGCACAACAGAAGCCCACGACUUCCUUCUUUUCAACCAAUGCUUGUUCGAGAUACUGCAACAACACCACGACGUUGAAGAGACAUACAUGUUUGGGGAGAUCGAACGACUCACUAAGAUUGAUGGGAUCAUGGAUCAAAACAUGCAGGAACACAAGGACUUCCACGACGGUUUAGAGCGGUUUCGCAAGUACGUCUUCAAGACCGCCGCGGGUGAUUACGAUGGGCAGACGCUCAAGGCUAUGUUGGAAGGCUUUGGAAAGAUUGUGGAAAAGCAUCUACAUAACGAGAUUCCCAGCCUGCUCGAGUUGAAGGAUUAUGAUGUAACGGGGCUAAAGAGGAUUUCCAAAGAGGCAGGAAAGAAAUUUGCGAGUGCCGGCGACAAAUACAGACACGUCCCAUUAUUCGUCGGCUGUUCAGACAGAACAUUCAUCUUCGAUGGGCAAAACAUGCCUUUCCCACCACUGCCCUUCUUUGUCCCUUAUAUCAUCAGAUUCUUAUUUGAGCCGCGCCAUGCGGGAUCCUGGCGAUUCAAUCCCUGUGAUUCGUUUGGACAGCCUAGGCCGCUUGGCUUCCUUAACCCUGAAGGCUGACGAGCAUUGCCCCCGGUCUCUGUGGGGGCAAUGGUGGGGUAGACGGCUGGAGACCGAAGUGGGCAUUUCAGCGUGGCCGGAAGUAUAUCCGGAGGCGGCUUUCGGAGCAGACUACAUACCCCACAGAGGGGCCACUAGGCUCGUCGGGGUUAUUCGGCGUCAGCAGACUCUAGUUACUAUAAUAUGUCAGAAAGGGGGC